AUGGCUACUAACGCUACUAACGCUGCCAUCGUCACCCAACUUGGGCUCAACAACGAGGAAACAGAAGCAUUUAAUGGGAUGUCCCCACGAGAAAGACGUAGAUUUAACACCCUGCGAGACGACAACUUGAAAAUUGUAUUUGUUCAAGCACUCGCGGAAAAAGAAAAAUCUUGGCGAGAAAAAUCGGACCUUGGCCAUAAACUAGUUGGCUGUGGUCUCCACGUGGUUGUCCUAAUUUCAAUCCCAAUAAAGACGUAUCGAACGACAUUUAGCCUACAUCUAUCGAAUCUUGCUUCGACCGCAUACAAAGAUGACUAA